AGCUGACUGCCGUCCGAGACGCGUUAUCAAGAGUCAAAUAGACCGAAAAUGUCAUCAUUUUCUCCGACUCGCGGUACGCCAUGAACUCAGUAACGACCUGGUACAAGCGAAAUGUGAUUAAAAGUUGGAAGAGCGUUCAGCCAAUCUCCUUUUCUAACUGGGAUCUUAUAGAAGACACCGUCAAGAUUCUGAAUGAGCGCAGGAUGAAAGGUGGGAUCACAGAGUUCUACUGGGUCAAAAGUCACUCGGGCAAUGCAGGCAAUGAAGCAGCCGACAAACUGGCUGGACAUGGUGCACGGUAUGCGCUACCUACACCUGACAGGGUUUGAGUAUCCUGAUUCAGCGCUUGCUAACAUGCACCAGUCGCGCAUUCGAGAACCGCUACGGCAAACCGUACAGCGAAGAACGACGAAGUCUUUCGAAC